AUGAACAUUAUAACGAAUUUUUAUCAAACGCUUUCGAAUGACUUAGAAAAGUUGAUCAGUAAUGUUUAUGAAAGUAAGGUCGUUAAUAUCAAAGUUGGGAAUUAUCCUAGUGAGAAUACUUUUCAAGCGCACUCGAAUAUCUUGAUCGUUCGCUCCCCAUUUUUUAGGGAUACGCUUUUGAGGCAAAACGUAGUUGGUAAAAAUAAUUUAAUUGAUGUCAAAAUUCGGGAAAUUGAUUUUCAAACCUUUCCAAUUAUUCUCCAAUACAUUUAUACUGGGGUUGUGGAUCUUUCAAAUGUGGUCGAAAAAGGUUUAUUGGAUUUGUUGAUUGGAGCGACUUUAUUGCAACUUGAAGAAUUAUCGUAUCAUUUACAGGAUUAUUUAAUUACUAAACAUUCGACUUGGGUUAAACAAAAUUAUGAUCAAAUCCUAACAAAAACAUUUAAAAAGAGAGAUGGAUACGUAAAACUAUGGGAUUAUUGUAUGCAAGGGAUUUGCGAAGAUCCAAAGUCAUUAUUUUCUUCUGAAGAAUUUAUCAAAUUGGACAAGGAUAUUUUAUUCGCGAUCUUGGAUCAAGAAACGUUACAAUGCGAAGAAUUAAUCAUUUGGGAAGCAUUAAUAAAAUGGGGCAUAGAACAGUCCCCUACUAUUUCCCAAAAACCUGCCGCAACUAGUUUUGAUACGAACGAUUGGACAGACGAGGAAUUUAUAAUUUUAAAAGGAAUCAUUGAAAAAUUUAUCCCGUGCAUUCAUUUCUUUGAAAUAAGUUCAAGUGAUUUUUAUAAUAAGAUUAGACCGUUCAGACCAACGUUGGCACCUGAUUUAUUUGAUGAAGUACUGGGUUAUCACAUGAAAGAAAAAAAGCCUAAAUUAUGGCCAAGAUUAGGUAAAGUCGAUUCCGUUAUCAUCAAAUCCAAGCAAGCAACGGCUAUAAGUAAUUUAAUCAAAAAUUAUGAACUCUCAUCACAAAAUAGUAUCAAAAAAUGUUCGUUGUCCCUUUUAUAUAGAGCCGAUAGAGAUGGAUUUCAUUCUGGUAUAUUUCGCAAUCAAUGUAAUGAUCAAGGUCCUAGUUUAGCUUUGAUUAAAUUGCGUAAUGGGAAAAUCGUUGGUGGUUAUAAUCCUUUGGGUUGGAUGAAGGUUGAUCCUGAUGAUAGAAAAGAUUAUUCUAAAUCCUUUUUAUUUUCUUUCGAACCUAGUUUAGAGGUUAGAUCAUUGAAAAGUGUUGGGGUUAAGAAUCCUACUUUAGCUUUUGAUAAUCAAUCUCAACAAGCUCUUCAUUUUGGUACUACCGAUUUGAUCAUUAAUGGUCAAAAUGGUAGUUGCGUCGUCAGAGAUUUUCAAAGUCCUAUCAUUAGUUCUCGAUCUUUUGCGGUUGAAAAUGUUGAAGUUUUUGCUGUUAAUGACUGGAAUUGGUAA